AAAUGGAUAUGAACCCUCAUGCAGAGACUUCUUGUUGUAGUGCUGAAACCAAAGAAGAAGACAAAGUAAUUAAGGAAGUAAUUAAAGAUGAGGAAAAGACGUCCAAAUCAUCAUCUUCCUCUAAGCAAGGAACUAAUCUCAGUAUUGGCCAAGAGGAUGAUGAGCUAGAAACAACAAGAGGAGAGAUGAUAGAAGUGAAAAAGGAGAAUGAAAGACUAAAGAAGAUGCUGCAAAAAAUAGAAAAUGAUUAUAAAUCAUUGCAAAUGCGAUUCUUUAUCCUUCAACGUGAUGAAUCACCUUCCACACUAUCAGAAAACAAAUCCCAAACAAUCGAAGAAUCCCAAAUUCAAAAAGAAGAACCAGAAGUUUCUCUUUGCUUAGGGUUACAAAUUCCAAAUAUUAAUAAUAAUAAAAAGCGAAAGAAAUUAGAUCAUAAUGAUCAUAGUAGCACUUCUAGCACAUUAUUAGUGAAAGAAGAAGCAAAGUUAAUGAGUGAUGGACUUUCCCUUGGACUUGAUUUUAAAGGUCCCAUAAAUUUAUCAGAUCAGGGUUCAGAAAAAAGUACGGAUAUGGAAAAUGAUGCUAAAGGAGACGGUAUGGAUGAAACUUGUCCACCAAGUAAGGUUUUGACGACUGGGAAAGAGGAUGAUGUAAAAGAGUUGGAUGAAUCCUCACAAGGAAGUAAUACAAAAAGAGCUAGGGUUUCUGUAAGAGCAAGAUGUGACACGCCUACGAUGAAUGAUGGUUGUCAAUGGAGGAAAUAUGGGCAGAAAAUAGCCAAAGGAAAUCCAUGUCCACGUGCAUAUUAUCGUUGCACUGUUGCACCGUUAUGUCCAGUAAGAAAACAAGUGCAAAGAUGUUCAUCAGACAUGUCAAUUUUGAUAACAACCUAUGAAGGCACACACAACCACCCACUACCAAUAUCAGCAACCGCCAUGGCUUCCACCACCUCGGCCGCCGCCUCCAUCCUUUUAUCUGGUUCUUCCUCCUCACAUACUAACCUUCUCACCUCUUCUUCUGCACCCUUAAUAAUGACCACCACCAACCUCAAUGGACUCAACUUUACACUUUAUCACAAUAACAACAAUUCAAGAUCAAAUACCCAAUUCAACAUACCCUCUUCUUCUUCUUCUCCUACACCCCCUACCAUCACCUUAGACCUCACUUCUACUCAUCCUUCUUCCCAUUUCAACAAACACCACCAUAAUAAUACUCCAUUAUUAACCAAUUUCUCUUCUUCAACAAGUCUUGAUUUCUCUUCUUCUCAAGUUGAACCUACUUUUCCUUUAGCUUGGAGUAAUUCUAAUUCUAAUAAUACCCAUCUAAAUUAUUCUACAUUAUUUCCAUUAAAUAAUAAUAAACCACUACCUAGUAUUGGUUCCAUAAACUUUGGAACAAAACCCACUUUCGAACAAACUAAUUAUUUAGAAAAAAUCAAACACAUUGCAAAUACUACUACAACUUCUUCUUCUUCUUCCUCUUCUCAACAGUUUCUAACAGAGACUUUAACUAAAGUACUUACUUCAGACCCAAGUUUCCAGUCUGCAGUAGCUGCUGCAAUUUCAUCAAUGGUGGGGACCACUAACAAUUCUCAGCCUGCAGGAGGAGGUUAUAACAUGCUACUACAACCUCAAUUACCGUUUUCUUUGUCUAAAAGCUCUUCUUCAUCAGAUCCUAGAGAGAGACUAGAUUGA